AUGGAGCGGAGCGAUACUCUGCUGCAGGAGCCCCAAGGCUCCCAAUCAUUACGAAAGGGAGCCUCAGGGCUCCCGAGAAUCCAUCAGCAGAGGCCUUUUCAUUUGGCCUCUGCUGAUCAAAGAUUCGGCGAAGCCAUUCUUCGUCUCAGGAGCCCAAGGCUCCCAAUUAUUACGAAAGGGAGCCUCAGGGCUCCUGAGAAACCUCUUUGA